AAGAAACGAAUCAGGUAUGCGUCCCCUUGGAUGAAGUGCAUGGUAUUGGUAACACAAAUUCAGUGAAAAAUACAAUAUUUUUAAACCCGUGACAUAUAUUCGUCUUGCGAUACAAACUAUGCCUCUCUACAAUCAACGGUUUUUAUCAUCCCGAUUUUAAAGCUUUGUGUCUUAGCGAGUAGUUUAAAUUGUUAUCAAAGAACCAUGCACUUGUCGACGUAACACAAGCACGUGUCCAAACAAUUAAUACACGUUGUGAUUGUAGGCCUACUUUGUCUAUCUUUCACGUUCCCUUUAUAUUAUACGAUUUAUUACGUUUAGCAGUGAAUAGCACAGAGAUGACUAAAUUUACCGUAUUGCCACUCUUUGUUCUUCUCUUUCUCGUUUUACUCUGCACUAAGUCGUUAGCUAAGUCUGAAGAGUUUGAUGAGUCGGACGAAGAAAACGACGUUGCUGCUGUACCGUCAUGUUGCGGGUUCUCGUCGCCUCUUCUGAUCAAGAAAGAUCAAUGGAAACCAAUCUUCGAGACCAAGUUCGGACAAAUCUCAACCGUUCAAAUCGGCGAGGGAUGCGGUGGGAUGGGACCUUACAAAAUACAUUCAAUAACGUUGGAGCCAAACGCUCUAUUGCUCCCUCUUCUUCUUCAUUCAGACAUGGUCUUCUUUGUCGACUCUGGGAGUGGGAUUCUGAAUUGGGUCGAGGAGGAAGCGACGAGUUCUGAGAUAAGACGAGGGGACGUUUACAGGCUACGUCCCGGUACAGUUUUCUACUUACAGAGCAAACCGGUUGAUAUCUUCCUUGGAACCAAACUUAGGAUUUACGCAAUCUUCUCAAACACCGAAGAGUGUUUACACGAUCCUUGCUUUGGUGCGUAUUCCAGUAUCACAGAUCUAUUGUUUGGUUUUGAUGAGACCAUUCUCCAGUCAGCUUUUGGGGUUCCUGAGGAAAUUAUAGGUCUGAUGACGAACCGUACGCAGCCACCACUGAUCGUGCAUGACAUGCUGAGCACGCCUGGUGAGGCCAACACCAACACGUGGCAGCUCCAACCGCGGUUACUCAAAAUCUUUGCCCGAUAUGUAAGCGCAGCGGAGAACAAAAAGAAGGAGAAGAAGACAAAGAAAGCAAAGACAUUCAAUGUUUUCGAAUCUGAACCUGAUUUCCAGAGCCCUAACGGUCAGACUAUAACGAUUAACAGGAAGGAUCUAAAUGUGUUAAGCGGCUCAAUGGUUGGAGUUUCCAUGGUGAACCUAACUCAAGCAUCGAUGAUGGGACCCCAUUGGAACCCAUGGGCUUGUGAGAUCUCGGUUGUGUUGAAAGGAUCUGGAAUGGUACGUGUGCUUAGGUCUUCGAUUUCUUCAAGAUCAUCAUCAGAGUGUAAGAACAUGAGGUUUAAGGUAGAGGAAGGAGAUAUUUUCGCAGUUCCACGGUUACAUCCAAUGGCUCAAAUGUCUUUUAUAGAUGAGCCAUUGUUGUUCAUUGGGUUUACUACUUCAGCUAGGAACAACGAGCCACAGUUCUUAGCCGGACAGAACUCAGCUUUACGGUUUCUUGACCGGGAGGUAUUAGCUGCCUCUUUGAAUGUGAGUAGUGCGAUGGUUGAUGGAUUGUUGGGAGCUCAGAAGGAUGCGGUUGUGUUGGGAUGUCCUUAUUGUGCGGAAGGAGAGUUGGAGCUUAAAGUGGAGACGGAGAUGAAGAAGAGAGAUGAUGAGAGGAAGAGAGAAGAAGAAGAGGCCAAGAAAGAAGAGGAAGAGAGGAGGAAACGAGAAGAAGAAGAAGAAGAGGAGAAGAAGCAAUGGCCGCCACAGCCUCAGCAACCACCACAGAGAUAAAGCUUUUAAUUAUGUCAAGAGUGUUUAGGUCGUUGAUGGUCGAAAGUUUGGUCUUGUUGUCUCUUGUUUAUUUGUUAAUGUGUUUUGUAUUGCAACCCUUUGACUAGGUUUCCUUGUCGAGUCAAUUCGUUCUUCCAUGCUUUCUUCUUUUCGUUACGUUUGUAUUGUAUUGUGUUGUGA